CUACGUAGUGCGUGACGUCACAAGAUGGCUACACACAUAGUCCCUUCUUCAACAGUUUCACGGAACAGUGCUUGUGAAUAGUCGUUCGGCGAGUUACGCGUCAGUUUAGUAUUAUAGUGAAUGGUGUUCCUGCGUUAGUGUACGUGAUUUGGUUGUUUAGUUUCUGUGCACUAAACUGGUGAUCUGUUUUUCUUUGCUGUGAAAAUUUCGUUGCCUGCAAAAUGCCGUAUCGUUGUUGUGUGCCGAAUUGUAGAGGAAAUUACGACGGUGGACCAAAAGUAACCGUGUUUAAAUUUCCGGAGGAUGAAGCAACGAGGAAGAAAUGGUUGUCACGUAUUCGCAGACAUAACUUCACUCCUUCUUCAAGUUCAAGAGUAUGUCAUGUUCACUUCCACAAGGAUGAUGUUAUUUGGGAAACACAAAUUGUGGAUGAAAGGACUGGUCAGUUAUUAAGAGCCCCCCUUCUCAAACCACGUUUGAGACCACAUGCAGUUCCAUCACUACUCCCAAACUGUCCUUCCUACCUUUCAAAGGAAGAAAGUAGACGUGAAGGGCCAGAGGAGAAAAAGCAAAGGCUUGAAAAUGAGCAGUUAGCUGCAGCGUUACAAUAUAGUUUAGCAUCACAGAAGGACUAUGAAAACACUUUCAGCUUCAGUUCUUUAGAAGAGUUGAUGUUGCGUACGAAGGAAGUGGAUUUGCCCAACGAGUGGAGUGUGAUCGAAAAACACAGUGAUUUUGUUUGUUUUUUAAAGAUAAUAAGAAAUCCAGCACCAUUAAUCACACAUUCUGUCGUUAUAGAUAGUAAUUUAAAUGUUUCAUUGUUUAAGAAAGAUGUACAAAUUAAGACAUUAGGAAAAAGAUCUUUUCCUGUAAUUGUAACCAAUAUCCAUGAAAUUGUCAGUGUACUGCAGGAGUUUUCAGACACAGAUUGUGGGCACUCAGAAACUUCUAUAGAUAGUAUUGUAGAGAUAGUGAAAGACAGUCUAGGAGUGCUGAAAGACAGUUUACAGGAGAGUGAAAAGGAGAUGGUAGACUUUAUAUAUGAACAAGUUAGUCUCAUAAAUGUAAAGAAAUUUAAUCAUAGGUUUAGUUCUACAUUUAUGAUACUGUGUUGUUUGCUAUUUUCCAUUUCAUCUCAUGCUUACAAUUUUUUACGUAGCAGCUCAUUAAUGAAAAUGCCACAUCCAAGCACUCUGCGUAGGGUCUGCAGCAAAUUUAAUGUGAAUCCAUCUCACGAAAGGCUUGGGGGAAGUAAUUUCCUGUCCUAUGCAAGACAGAAAUUUCAAUACUUGAACAGCAAUGAUGUCAAUGUUGUUUUGAGUGUAGAUGAAAUUCAUCUAAAUUCUUAUUUGGAAUAUAAAGGAGGUAGUGUUUUGGGCAUGUCAUAUAACUCGGAAUGUGCUGCAAAUUCAGCAUUUGUAUUUAUGUUGCAGAGUGUCAAGUCUUUGUACAGGGAUGUUGUUCACAUUUUACCGGUGAAAACCAUUUCAUCUAAUGCAUUAUACAAUGUGCUACUGGCCAUAAUAAAUGGCCUUGAACUAAUAGGCUAUAGGGUUUUUUGUGUGGUAACUGACAACAACAAAAUCAAUAGCAAAACCAUGUCAAUGUUUUCUCUGGAUAAAGCUGUUAAUAUAGUUUUUAAACAUCCAUCUGAUCCUAAUCGCCCACUUUUCUUUUUAAUUGAUGCCGUACACAUUGUUAAAUGCAUAAGAAAUGUGUGGCUGAACCAAAAAAAUGAUGGUAAAGAUAUGUUUUAUCCUCAGUUUCCAGUUAGAAAAGAAGUGGAAGAAAAUAAGUUUUCUGUAGCUUCUUUUAAAACAUUGAAACAGAUUUAUGACAUAGAUUCCAGUUCUUUAGUAAAAUAUUGUCACACAUUGUCUCUCAAAUCACUUUGCCCUACAUCAUUAGAAAAACAGAGCAUGAAACUAGUGCUGCAGAUAUUCAAUCGACAUGUGUCAGAGGGCCUUGAGGUAGCUAGUGAUAAAUUUGAUUUGAGACAUGCACCAUCAACAGCAGAAUACAUUCGAAUAAUAACAAAAUGGUUUGAUGUCAUGAAUGUGAAAUCAGUGUUUAAAGGGAAACACAAACAGAAUCCUUAUAUGGAUCCGUUGACAACUGAUAGCGUUUCUAUGCAAUUUUUGCUAGAUUUUCUAGACUGGCUUGAUGUGUGGAAAGCAAAGGGUUUGUCAAGUGGGUUUCUCACAAAAGAAACAUUUUUUGCUAUUCAGCAUACAACAUAUGCCGUGGUAGAGAUUGCUCGAUACUGUACUGAAGAGCUAGGUAUGAGCUAUUUACUGACAGCCAAGCUACAAACAGAUGUGCUUGAGCGGCGUUUUGGAAAGUAUAGACAGCUUGCAGGUUCCCAAUACAAUGUUUCAGUGACACAAGUCUAUGAAGCAGAAAAGAAGCUUCGAAUUCAAAGUGUAAUGCCUUUAGUUUUAUGUUCUCCUUCCUAUGGCAAUAUCACAGUAGGGGCCAUAAAAAAUUUUAUGUUUUCUGAAGUUGAAGAAACACACACAUUAGACAUAGAAGUCAGUGUAACUCAAGACGAUGUUCUUUCAGUGAAAGAUAUUGCAACGUCUUUAACUUUCAUUGCAGGCUACUGUGCUCAUGCAGUGAUUAAGAAGCUGAAAUGUGAGAGUUGCCUUAAUGAAAUUGUGAUUGAAAAGGAGUUGCCAAUAAACGAACAUUUUAGUUUGAUACAGAGACUUGAUCAUGGAGGACUAAAAUACCCAUCAGACACUAUUUUAAAUAUGAUUGUCUACACUUAUAUUGUCAUCAGCAAACUUCUCAAAGAACAUGAAAGAGAUUUUCUUGCCUGUACGAAUCAACGUGCUAUUGCCUGUGCAGUAGCACUUGCUACUCUUCACGAAAAUGACUUUUUAUUAUUUGAUGGGGUAUGCUGCAAUGGACAUUCAUCCCAGGCAAUAAUGAAAAGUGUUGUUUGGGUUGGUGUCAAUAUAUUUUUAAACAACUACUGUAAAAAGGUUAAUGGAAAAAAAAAUUCAAAAAACACUCAGCGAAAACUGCAAACUCUUACAACAUAAUUUUGAAAUCUUUAUCUUAGAUUCUUUUUAAAUCAUUAAUACAAAACCUGUCAUCAGUAAUAUUGCCACAUCAACAAAUGCCUCUUAAGCUGAACUAGUCAGGUUAAUCUGAAACUAGUCAAACUUACCAAAUUGCAACUUAUGGCUGAGAGUUUGUAUAAAUAUUUUAAUAUACAGCUGCUAACAGCUAUCAACACUAAUAUCCUAACGUGAAAUUUUUAUCAAAGAAAUUAAUCUUUAAUAUAAAGAAUCUUACACUAAUUCUUUCUCAGUUGAAGUUGGGUGGUGAAUGAUACAUACAGGAGGGAGGGGAGGGGGUGUGGCAGGCAGAGAGGACCAAUAGUAAUCUUGUUAUAGUAUGUGAAACCUAAAAAUCAUUUCGCUUGCUUUUCCGAGUAUGACUUAAACCACUUCUUUGCUGCAUGCCUUAUUCAUAGUAUUUCUAAUUUGUGUAAUAAAGUUAUGUGGCCCAACAUGGCACAUGCCUUUGACAAAGACAAGACAAUGCCAUUUUGAUCACCUUCCUUUAUUAUUUUGAGAAAAACUUACACAAACUGUGCUAUAGCAGACUCCACUUUUUUUGCAAACAAGGUUAGUUUGUUUUGGUGAUAAAUGGAAGACAAGAGCAAAAUUGCUCUAUAGUUCUCUACAUUCUCUGCAAUACUUUUCUUUGUAUACUGAAGUUAUUACUUUAGCUUGUGAUACAUGUGAGAAAUCUGCCAAUUUGUAAUGAUUCAUUAAUUGUUACUGUUGAAAAAGCUACUAUAGUAUUUAUGCAUUCUUUAGGUAGACAAACUUCGAUUUCACGUAGUGUUCGUGGUGUUCCUCUGUCUUCUACUACUGUCACUGUUAUGAGUGCAGAUGUGCAUGCUGUGACAAUUGCCCCUCUUUUUCUGAGUUUACUACUUUCUCUGCAGCUGUUAUAACUGUUGUUCUCUCAACAUUUUCUUAUGUAGAUCAUGUUUGCAUAUAUUUUACUACCAAUACAAAUGGAGAAGCUGGUGGGGGAGGGCUUUGCAGUACUUUCAUGGCCUUUGUGUAUAAUGAUUGGCAGGUCUCCUCAUCUAAUAGUAAUGUAAUUCUGGAACAGCUCUCACUUCUGUUACAAGCACUAUUGAGUGCCACUAAUCCUCAGGUUGACUAAUUACUGAGCUCUUUAAAUAGAUGCUUGCUCUGUGCCAUAAAGUGCCUUCUUGUUAGCUCAUCUUUGCUGAGGAGAAAAAAUCUGAGGUGGACUCUCAGGUAUGCCCUUCUGUUGGCUUUUUGAAUAUAUUUGUUUAUAAAAGAAUAUUAAAAAAGCUUAAGCCUGUCACAAUUGCUUUUCACUCACCUAAUCUAAUUAAUGUUAGCAGAUCAUAUUCCAACACCACUUGACACAUUUUUGCCACAUAACAUACACUUACAGUUGGUAAUUACUUGCAAUUUACAGGGUGACCUAAUAUAAUGUCUAUAUGCAUUGCCAUUUUUCUACUACAGUGCUUUCAUAUGCAUUCUUCCUACACAAAACUUUAUGGUGCAGUGUUUUAUUUGCAUUCUUUUAGUGUCCCACUUAAAGACCUUCCAUUACUACCCUGGAGAUUAUAAAAUAGCAAUUUAAUAAUUAAUGUUGUUCAAAAUUUAUCAUUAUUAUUCCUAAAAUUAUGAAACUUAAGUCUCAAGAAUGUGGUUAUUGUUAAUGUUUGGCCUUGGUGUCCAUAAGUCUUAAUUAUUUUGUCCCUACAUAGUAUUCAUGCUGUACAUCUAUAAUUUUCUAUUGUGAACCACUAUAAUCUAAAAUUUUUCUCAUUCCAUGUGUUAGUGAUUGACAAGAGUGUAUGGAAGAUGAACAAAAGAAAUAAAUAAAUUCAUUCAUACACAGAA